AAGCAGAUUUGGAUGAAUAUGACUAACAGUGGAGGCAUCAGCAUCAAAAGGAUGGUAGAAUGACCUUACCAACAUUCAGUUAAUAAAACUCUUGCAUAAAGCCUAGCUUGUGAGUAUUUGGUCAAAACCUUAGCUGAAUGGGAAUCAGCUUUCUGUGAAAUGACUCUUCAUACCUGAAUUGUGAAUCCUAUCCCUCUUACCUGCCGUAUGUAAUCGCUAAAGCCUAAAGGCAGUGAUGCAGACAAGAUAAGAUUCUGAAAUUUGGAUCAACAUGCACAUAAACCAUGCACUAUCAGUUUUAUAAAUCAGGAACUCGGAUUUCUGCAGAAACAGAAACUACUGAGACCACAAAUUCCGUGCAUUACUUCUAAGACAUCAAAAGAAAACUUCCCAGUUCCCACCUUGAGUGAAUUUCUUCUGAGCUAAAAGGGAAAUGAACUUGGAGGGGAAAUCAUUUGGACCGUGGGGAGGCCAAAGGGGGUAUCGAUGGGAUGAUGGAGUCUAUUCAGGUGUAAGGCAAGUAGUGAUCUCUUCCAGUUCAGUUGGAAUCCAUUGCAUCCAGUUUGAGUACGAUAAGAAUGGUCAUGCUAUUUGGUCUGACAAGCAUGGUGCCAACUCUGGUACCAGGUCUGAUCAGAUCAAGCUUGACUACCCUACGCAAUUCCUAAUCUCAAUUAGUGGAUACUAUGGUUCUAUAACAGAAGGUGGUUCAGUGAUUGUCAGAUCACUUUUCUUGGAAACAAACAGGAAAACAUAUGGACCUUUUGGCAUUGAACAAGGAGCUCCUUUCUCGUUGCCUGUAACUGGUGAGAUGUUAGUGGGUUUUCAUGGAUGGAGCAGCAUAUACCUUGAUUCAAUCGGGGUUUAUGUUAAGUCUCACCACCAAACGGUCCAAACAAAACUUCUGGAGACACAAAGGAUGAUCCCUACUAGCCAUGUUAGUAGAGUUCCUGGGAUUAGCAAGAAAGUCCUUUCAUUUGGACCAUGGGGAGGGGAUGGUGGAAUGAUAUUCGAUGAUGGGAUUUAUACAGGGGUACGAGAAGUGCAUUUAACGCGAUCAGGAGGGUUGGUAUCAAUUCGAGUCUGUUAUGAUCAAAAUGGGAAGAUGGUUUGGGGGAACAAGCAUGGUGGAUCUGGAGGACUCAAGCAUGAUAAGAUUGUUUUCGACUAUCCCUACGAAAUGCUGACUCAUAUAACAGGAUACUAUGGAUCCAUGAUCUUACGAGGACCUACAGUGGUUAAAUCAAUUACUUUCCACACCAACAAAAGGAGUUAUGGACCAUUUGGAGAUCCACAAGGAUUUUCGUUCUCCACGGGCUCAAUAGGUGCAGUUGUCGGGUUUCACGGCAAAAAUGGAUACUUUGUGCAUUGCAUCGGAGUCCAUGUUCUUGAUAACAUAUCAGUCCUCCCUCAGUCUUAUCCUGAUCCUUAUGACAUGCCUAUCCUAAAAAAUUCUGAGGUGGUUUGGGGAGUGCCAAGGCAACCGGAUCUGUAUGAAUCAGGGCCAUGGGGAGGUGAAGGAGGUAAGCUUUGGGAUGAUGGAGUAUACAGUGGGGUCAAGAAAAUUAUUUUAACAAGAGGAGAUGCCAUUUCAUCUAUACAAAUUCAGUAUGAUCAACAUGGUCAACCUGUUUGGUCUUCUCUACAUGGAAUACCCUAUGAUGCUUGCACCUACCAUAUAAAAAUUGAUUACCCAUAUGAAGUGCUUACGGGCAUCAGUGGAAACUACGAUGUCUUAGUUGGAGAUAUGCAAAGAAGGAUAAUAAGGUCCGUCACCUUUCAUACCAGCAAAGCCAAAUAUGGACCGUAUGGGAAACCCAUAGGCACAUAUUUUUCUUCGGUGAACAAAGAAGGUAAAAUAGUUGGUUUCCAUGGAAGGAGUGGCACUUUCUUGGAUGCUAUCGGAGUCCAUAUGCAGCACUGGGUGAGCGAUGAACUGUCACAUGGUCCAUAUUCUCCCGAAAGAGGAGGCAUCAGAAAUAUGCUGCACAAAUUCUACAAAUGACUAUGUUUGUAUAAAGUGCACGGUGGCAGGCUGUGGGAUCUAUAUGUGUAUAUUGUAGUGUGGAAUCUGCUUGUAUGAUGAUUUUCUGAACAUGUUUGCUUACUUUUAUAUUUUGCUUUUAUCAACCCUGUAUAAUUUAUGAUGCAUGUUAUGUGUACUAAUUAUCUGA